AGACUUCCUUGACAAGCAAUGUAAACAUCAGUUCUUGGCUCCUUCGGACCGUGUGCUCCAUGUAGCCUAGCAACGAGGCCGAAUGUUGAGCUUUUGCUCCCAGAGCGAGAUUUUCGCUUCAGGUGAUGGUCUUUAGUUCUGCCGUACUGAGAAUCAGAGUGAGAGAGUGUUUGUGCCUGACAUCACACUCCAGCAGCCUAGCAUGCCACAAGAGGUGUCACUGGAUCUUCAGUCAACCAGAUAGUGAACGGCAAUGAACAUAGUGCAGGAUACGGCCACGUGGAAAAACAAAGCCGUCUCUAAAGUCAGCGACAUGUCCAGGGGUGGUAAUAGAACAGAUAAGGGUGAUGACAAGGUGGGCCUGUGUGGCCGGGGGAGCUGGUGGCUGGGAACACUGAAAGACACACCCAUCCCCGGUCUCUAUCACAUUCGCGACUUCAUCGAAGAAGCUGAACUGAACCCAGUGAGGAAGACCUACGGGUUCAAAGGCGUGGGCAGAAAAGCCCACAUUCUGGGCAUACGUAAGGGGGAUUUGCUUCUACCCGGGGCGUAUGACUACACCGACUCCAUCCAGGAGGUCCUGAUGCACCAGGCGUCCUACUCUUUCAAAAACUGUCCACGGCCUGAAAUAAUCACUCUGGGCUUCAGCGACAAGCAUAUAAACACUUCGCCGUGCGACUACAAUGUGACAGCAAAACCAGUGGAGAAGAUUCCCUGCAAGCAUGUGAUGUUCCGGUCGACUGUGCAGCGGAUCAGCUUUCCCCCUAAGGAGGGACCUGCUCCAUGCCACUAUAGUCCACAGACCAGACCAGCAAAAGGCAUCACUUCCUCCUUCAAAUCCACAUUGCCGCGACUCCACUAUGUGCACUCAAAGACCCCAGGACCAGGGGCCUGCGAACCUUGCUGGAAGCUGGGUGACCAUCUGAACCCAGCAGCCAAAGACCCAUCAUUUAGCCUCUUCUUCCGUAACAUUCUCUAGUGUGGACUUUAUUUCUCCUCAUCCUGUCAGCUUGCUAACUGGCA